CUGCUAAUUCAGGUGAAUUCAUGACCAGCACCUUCACAGGCUUAUCCAUCUCCACACAGUGACCAGAUUUCUAGGCUGGAGAGCGCCUUCUGGUCCUCUCCGGCAGCUGCCUUACUGGAGGUAAGCAUGCACUGACCACCUCACUUUUGGUAAGUUCAAGAUCAGUGAUUAACUAUCAUUUGCUGUGUGCUUUACAUGAAUUACUCAUUGUACGGCAACCUACUAGGCAGGUAAAAUUACUCCCACUUUACAGCCGAGAAACCGAGGCACAGAGAAGUGAAAUGGCGUGUGCAACAUCAUGCUGGUAGCAGCAGAGCCAGGACCCUAUUGCUUUUGAGGCACAGUGAGGACUGGCUCUUGGAAGCCAUGGAAUCUGGGGGCCUGCCUAUAGAGGAAGCUGGAUUCCAUGUGGCCAACUGCAGCUCAAGUCCUGGCCCAGUGGUUUGAGAGACACACCUGACCAAAGGGCCUGUGCCCAGGAUCCUGAGAUGAUAGAAAACUGGACUGGGAAAAGCUAGUGACAUGAUGAGAGCCUGAUGAGGGGUGCUUUUCUCUUCCUCACUGCUUCUGGGGGGAAAGAAAAAAAGUGAAAACAUCUGAACUAUUUUGUUUCCUUUAACAGUUGGUGCCCAAGGCUUCACUCCGCAAAGGGCAGGUGUAUUUCUUGGCCCUCUAAGAUAAAAGAUCUAUCCACCAUCAGAAAAUAUGUCCCUGCACACGGUAACAGUUAGCAACAACAUAGCCUUGAUUCAGCCAGGAUUCUCACUGAUGCAUUUUGAUGGGCAAGUUUUCUUCUUUGGCCAAAAAGGCUGGCCCAAGAGAUCUUGCCCCACUGGAGUUUUCCAUUUUGAUGUGAAGCAGAACAAUCUCAAACUGAAGCCUGCAGUUUUCUCUAAGGAUUCAUGCUACCUUCCUCCUCUUCGCUACCCAGCCAUCUGUGAAUUCAAAAAUGGCUUGGAGUCUGAGAAGCAUCAGUAUAUCAUCCAUGGAGGGAAAACACCAAAUAAUGAGCUUUCAGAUAAGAUUUAUGUCAUGUCUAUUGUUUGUAAGAACAACAAAAAAGUUACUUUUCGCUGCACUGAGAAAGACUUGGUAGGUGAUGUUCCUGAAGCCAGAUAUGGUCAUUCCAUUGAUGUGGUGUGUAGUCGAGGGAGAAGUAUGGGUGUUCUCUUUGGAGGACGGUCAUACAUGCCUUCUAGCCAAAGAACCACAGAAAAAUGGAAUAGCGUAGCUGACUGCCUACCCUAUGUAUUCUUGGUAGAUUUUGAAUUUGGAUGUGUAACAUCAUACAUUCUUCCAGAACUUCAAGACGGGUUGUCUUUUCAUGUCUCUAUUGCCAGAAACGAUACUAUUUAUAUAUUAGGAGGACAUUCACUUGCCAAUAAUGUCCGCCCUGCCAACCUGUACAGAAUACAGGUCGAUCUCCCUUUGGGUAGCCCAGCUAUAAAUUGUACAGUCUUGCCAGGAGGAAUCUCUGUCUCCAGUGCAAUUUUGACAAAAAUUAACAAUGAUGAAUUUGCUAUUGUUGGUGGCUAUCAACUUGAAAAUCAGAAAAGAAUGGUCUGCAACAUUGUCUCCUUAGAAGACAACAAGAUAGAAAUUCGUGAGAUGGAGACCCCAGAUUGGACCCCAGAUAUUAAGCACAGCAAGUUAUGGUUUGGAAGCAACAUGGGGAAUGGAUCUGUUUUCCUUGGCAUACCAGGAGACAAUAAGCAGGCUCUUUCAGAAGCGUUCUAUUUUUAUUUGUUGAAAUGUGCCGACGAUGUGACUGAUGAUCAGAAAACAGUCACAAACAGUCAGACAUCAACAGAAGACCCAGGGGACUCCACUCCCUUCGAAGACUCAGAAGAAUUUUGUUUCAGCGCAGAAGCAAAUAGUUUUGAUGGAGAUGAUGAAUUUGACACCUACAAUGAGGAUGAUGAGGAAGAUGAGUCGGAGACAGGCUACUGGAUUAUAUGCUGUCCUACUUGUGAUGUGGAUAUCAACACUUGGGUCCCAUUCUAUUCAACUGAGCUCAACAAACCUGCCAUGAUCUACUGUUCUCAUGGAGAUGGGCACUGGGUCCAUGCCCAGUGCAUGGAUCUGGCAGAACACACGCUAUCAGCAGGAAGCAACCGGUAUUACUGCAAUGAGCAUGUCGAGAUAGCAAGAUCAUUACAAACUCCCAAGAGAGUCCUACCCUUAAAAAAUCCUCCAAUGAAAUCCCUCCGCAAAAAAGGCUCUGGGAAAAUCUUGACCCCUGCCAAAAAAUCCUUUCUUAGAAGGUUGUUUGAUUAG